UUCCUCUGUUUUUCCUCUGUUUUUUUCUCUGUUUUUCCUCUGUUUUGAAAUUUUCUUUUUGAAGGAAAAAAUGGGUGGAAAUUCACCAUGUGCUUCAUGCAAGCUUUUGAGACGCAGAUGUGCAAAAGAUUGCGCUUUUGCUCCUUAUUUUCCUUCUCAUGAACCUCAAAAGUUUGCUAUUGUUCAUAAGGUUUUUGGGGCUAGCAACGUUAGCAAAAUGUUGCAGGAGCUUCCAAUUCACCAAAGAGCAGAUGCAGUGAGUAGUUUAGUCUAUGAAGCAAAUGCAAGAGUGAGAGAUCCAGUUUAUGGUUGUGUUGGAGCAAUAUCUUAUUUACAAAAUCAAGUUUCUGAGCUUCAAAUGCAACUUGCAGUUGCUCAAGCAGAAAUACUUUGCAUCCAAAUGCAAAAUGAACAAGUGAUUCCAACACAAGAAAUUAAUCAAGAUCAGAAAUCUUAUUUUAUUCAAGAUGAACUCACUCAAUAUCUUAAUUAUGGUUCUUCUUCUAGUAAUAAUAAUGUAAUUCAUGAUUCUCUUAAGAGAGAUAAUAUGUAUGGACAUGAUAUGGUUUCUUGAAUUAAAUUUAGUCACGUGGUUUGGAGUUUUUUAAUUAGACUAUGGUCAUCUCUUUGAUUAUCUUUUAAUUAUUCAAACAAAUUCUC